GGCGGCGCCGGCCGGAAGGCUGUGCGCCCGACGCGGGGCAUGAUGGGGGAGCUGGAGCUUUCCAUCAUGGCGGCUUCCAUUUCGGGCUACACCUUCAGCGCUGUGUGUUUCCACAGCGCCAACAGCAACGCCGACCACGAAGGGUUUUUACUGGGAGAGGUGAGGCAAGAGGAAACCUUCAGCAUCAGUGACUCUCAGAUGAGCAACACAGAAUUUCUGCAGAUAAUCGAAAUCCACAACCAUCAGCCUUGUUCAAAACUUUUUAGUUUUUAUGACUAUGCAAGCAAAGUUAAUGAAGAGAGUUUGGACAGAAUUCUUAAAGAUCGGAGAAAGAAGGUUAUUGGAUGGUACAGAUUUCGGCGAAACACACAGCAGCAGAUGUCGUACAGGGAGCAGGUCAUCCACAAGCAGCUGACGCGCAUCCUCGGCGUGCCCGACCUCGUCUUCCUGCUCUUCAGCUUCAUCUCCACGGCCAACAACUCCACCCACGCUCUGGAGUACGUCCUCUUCAGGCCAAACCGAAGGUACAAUCAGAGGAUAUCACUUGCUAUUCCCAAUCUGGGCAAUACCAGCCAGCAAGAAUACAAAGUGUCCUCAGUGCCAAACACUUCUCAGAGUUACGCCAAAGUUAUUAAAGAGCAUGGCACUGACUUUUUUGACAAAGACGGAGUCAUGAAGGACAUCAGAGCCAUUUACCAGGUGUACAACGCGCUGCAGGAGAAAGUGCAGGCAGUGUGUGCUGACGUGGAGAAGAGCGAGCGGGUCGUGGAAUCCUGUCAGGCAGAAGUGAACAAAUUAAGAAGACAGAUCGCACAGAGGAAAACUGAAAAGGAACAGGAGAGAAGACUGCAGCAGGCGGCGCUGUUGGGCAGACGAGCGCCGGCCGAGAGUCAGGACGGGCUCCGUCCGCGGCCGCACGCCGGGGGCAGCACGCUGGACGCCGAGGCCUCCGAGCCGCCGCCCCCGUACUCCGACCUCCACCCCAACCAUCAAGACAGUACUCUGAGCCACUCUCGCAUGGAAAGGAGUGUCCUUAUGCCUCGACCUCAGGCCGUGGGCUCUUCCAGUUACGCUUCCACCAGUGCUGGACUCAGGUACCCCGGAGGGGGCACGGGCCUCCCUGCUUCCCAGAGAGCAGAGGGAGACAGCGCAGAGGAGUCGGACGACAGCGAUUACGAAAACCUGAUCGACCCUGCGGAGCCCGCCAAGAGUCACUACUCCCACCCAAAGGAUUCACAGCCCGGGACUCGUGCCAGUGAGGACCCCAGGAACACACAGACCUCCCAGAUUUAACUGAGCGGCAGCCCCUGUUGCUGCUGUGUGAGGACUGAGCCUGGGGAGCUGCCUUCGCAGGCGCUGACUCGGAGCGGAGACCUGGAGCCAGGAGCCCAGGCGCCACCCCAGCCCUCGCCCUGGCCUCGCUCUCGGGUGCGGGGUGCGUGUGGCACAACAGAUUCAUCACGAUAAUCCAAUUGUCCUAAUUCUGGUGCGACUCAUGGAUGUCCUGGUAAAAGUAGGCAAAGCAAAACUUCUCAGCCUAGUUUCUGUUCUUGAAAAUAAAUUGGAAGCUAGAGACUAA